GUUUUUGUAUAAUGUCUGCAGUUGACUCAAACGUCGCCAAAGUCUAUGGACCAGGAGAGCGGAUCGUCAUCGUCGGCAGAAAACUCCUCUUCCUCUUCAUCGCCAAGCACUGGGCAAUCAAGAUUGGAAACAUCUGGUAUGAAAUCAAAGGAGCGUCUCUGAGUGAUGCUCAUUGCAAGAAUGAAAUCAUCAGGAGCCGCGGAGACCUUGCAAAGAGCGGAGCAGGAGUCUACGGUGGCUCAAUUGCCGGAUACUCUGUCAAAACAGAUGCAGAAAUUGAUUCGUGGAUCUCAAAUUGGCUACUAGAGAACAACAAUUACGAUAUGUUGAGCGACAACUGUCAGAAAUUUGUGUUUGAUCUUUUAGUUUGGUGCACUGAUGACAAGUACGUAAUGCCCUACAGGCUAGAUGCGGGAGAAAUUGAGCAUUCAAAUAGCUUGUGGGAGUAUUUCACAGUCACCGAUGGCUUGAGUAGCAUUCGAAACUAUUGUGCGUAUAAAUUCAGGUACUCUUUUGGGCCUCUGUCUAUACACAGCAAAGUCCUAGAAUUCCAAUCGCAGAUUGUUUCUCGCGAGCGCUGCUUCGGGUGGUUCAAGGACAUAACAAUCAUAGAAAACGAAGUGUCACUCGGAAACGCAGUGGGAGCGAGGGUGGGUUUGAAUUUCGACACUGGCAUUGGUGUGAGGUUUGGUAACGCGGAGCUACACUGUCUAGGAUUGGGGGGUAAAAUAGGCACUGACGGUAUUCAAGUGGACACGCCUGUAGCAAGUGUGAAUGCCUGCAAUAUCCUCUAGUUGAAGACAAAAAGCAUAUUUGGAAGAUGAAGAUGACCUUAAUUAAGAGUUUCUAGAUGAUUUCCCUUUACAAUGAACGCUUUGUUUUGUUCCUUGUGAUUUAGUUCUUUCUAAAAGCUAAUGUUUUUUGUUGUUGUGACGCUUCAGCUGUGAGGCAUUUUUUAAAUUUCUCUAUUUCUCUUUUUGUUAACUUUCCCUUACACUUUGCAAAUAUCAUUCAUAGGUGCUUUAAAACCUAUACUGGUGCUGUAAAAGUGAUUCCUAUUUCAAUUACCGUUUUAAUAACUUAGCAGUUUUUAAGGUAAUCAUGUUGUUAAUCUUUUUAAUUGUUGUAGUUUUACUACCCCAUUUU